AUGACUGGACCUCUCAUUUCAAAUGACAAGAUCCUGACCUUCAUCUCAAAGUGCCUCUCCAGCUUCCUCCCCUGGCAGACCACCUUCAUCAAAGGGAGAUCAGUCUACAAUGCCAUCCACCACCUCUCUACCAUCCUCUCAUCCAACUGCACCACCCAGGGUGUACUACUCAACUUCAAGAAAGCCUACAACCACAUCUCCCACUCCUGGCUGGCUACAGUCCUCAACCACCUCAACUUCCCACCAUCCCUCACCUCCCUCAUCACAAACCUCCACACCUCAGCCUCAGCCCAGCUCAUUGUCAACUCCUGCCUCUCCACCCCCUUCAACAUGAGCGACCUCACGAUCUUCAGUCGUGCGCUCUACCAGCUGAGCUAA